GUGGCAAGCCAGGCGGAAAGUAGGUCAGGGACGGGGGCUGCCUGCGCCGGGCGCCGCUCCGGGCGUGCAGCGCCUUACCGGGGGACGGCGACCCCCGCCCGCCUGCGGCGAGGGGGCGCGCGGAGCUCGCGGGCCCUUUGAGGGGGACACAGGGGUGUCAGUAGUUGGUAUUUCACAACACCAAAGCUGAAGUUAGGGCCUACUUCCAUGUCACCGUUACCCCCUGCUACCAAGAGACCUGCUGUAUUUGGGGACCAUUGCUGACGAUGCGCUCGGAAGGUACAAGGCAACUCAGUGGCACCUUGUAUAAAGGAAGCAGCAAACAGAUUGCUAAAUCCUUAACAGUCCUUACUUGGUGUGGCUGUGAUGGAAAUGCAUCUUCCAGUGUGCAGUUGCUGUAAUGCCGGUUUUUGAAAGUACUUGACUAACAGAAUAUGAGGCACGAAAGAGUUUUAAGGUGAUCAGCUGCUUCAGGCUGAGCAUCAUCAUCUUUCCCCAGGUGGAUCUAGGCUUCCAAGACAGACUUUCAGAAUCCAAUGGCAGACCAAAGGAUGGACAUAUCUUCUACAAUUAGUGACUUUAUGUCACCAGACCCUGCUGACUUGAUCUCCAGUUCCCUUAGCACUUCAGGAAUGGAUUGUAAUAGGAAAAGAAAGGGAAGCUCUACAGAUUAUCAACUUGAUGGCUUUCCUUUUGAGGAAGGUAUGGAUACAGAUAAGGAUGACCAACAUGGAAGAUUGGAGUAUACAGACCAACAAGGCAGGAUAAAAAAUGCAAGGGAGGCUCAUAGUCAAAUUGAAAAAAGGCGUAGAGAUAAAAUGAACAGUUUUAUAGACGAACUGGCAUCUUUGGUACCAACGUGCAACGCUAUGUCUCGAAAGCUAGAUAAACUCACUGUAUUGAGAAUGGCUGUCCAGCAUAUGAAGACAUUACGUGGUGCUACAAACCCAUAUACAGAAGCAAACUAUAAGCCUGCUUUUCUAUCAGAUGAUGAGUUAAAACAUCUUAUUCUCAGGGCAGCAGAUGGAUUUCUUUUUGUUGUGGGCUGUGACAGAGGGAAGAUACUGUUUGUUUCAGAAUCUGUCUUCAAGAUUCUCAACUACAGUCAGAAUGAUUUGAUUGGUCAAAGUUUAUUUGAUUACCUUCAUCCUAAAGACAUUGCCAAAGUGAAGGAGCAGCUCUCUUCUUCUGAUACUGCGCCACGAGAAAGGCUUAUAGAUGCAAAAACUGGACUCCCAGUUAAAACUGAUAUAACACCUGGGCCAUCACGACUGUGUUCCGGAGCAAGACGGUCCUUCUUUUGUAGGAUGAAGUGCAAUAGACCUUCAGUGAAAGUAGAAGAUAAGGAUUUUCCUUCAACCUGUUCAAAGAAGAAAGCAGACCGCAAAAGCUUUUGCACUAUUCAUAGUACAGGAUAUUUAAAAAGCUGGCCGCCAACAAAAAUGGGACUAGAUGAAGAUAAUGAACCAGAUAACGAGGGUUGUAAUUUAAGCUGUCUUGUUGCAAUUGGACGGCUGCAUCCUCAUGUAGUACCACAGCCAGUCAACGGUGAGAUCAGGGUGAAACCUACAGAAUAUGUUUCUCGACAUGCAAUAGAUGGGAAAUUUGUUUUUGUAGAUCAGAGGGCAACAGCCAUUCUGGCAUACUUACCCCAGGAACUUCUAGGUACUUCGUGCUAUGAAUAUUUUCAUCAAGAUGAUAUAGGACAUCUUGCAGAAUGUCAUAGACAAGUUUUGCAGACAAGAGAAAAAAUUACAACUAACUGCUACAAGUUUAAAAUAAAAGAUGGCUCUUUUAUUACAUUGCGGAGUCGCUGGUUCAGUUUCAUGAACCCUUGGACCAAAGAAGUAGAAUACAUUGUCUCAACAAAUACAGUUGUUUCCACCAACGUACUUGAUAGUGGAGACGCAGCCUUUCCCCAGCUUGCAGCUUCUCCACACAGCAUGGACAGUGUGCUUCAGGCUGGAGAAGGUGGCCCAAAAAGGACCCAUCCUACUGUGCCUGGAAUUCCAGGUGGAACGAGAGCUGGGGCAGGUAAAAUAGGGAGGAUGAUUGCUGAAGAAAUCAUGGAGAUUCACAGAAUAAGAGGAUCAUCACCUUCUAGCUGUGGUUCAAGUCCACUGAACAUUACCAGCACCCCACCACCCGACACAUCCUCCCCAGGGGGCAAGAAGAUCCUGAAUGGUGGCACUCCAGACAUUUCUUCAGCUGGGUUACUGUCUGGGCAAAUCCAGGAUAACUCUGGUUACCCAUAUUCUGACAACUCCUCUAUUCUUGGGGAGAACUCACAUAUAGGCAUUGACAUGAUUGACAAUGACCAAGGAUCGAGCAGCCCGAGCAACGACGAAGCAGCAAUGGCAGUAAUAAUGAGCCUUCUUGAAGCAGAUGCAGGUCUGGGUGGCCCUGUAGACUUCAGUGAUUUGCCCUGGCCCUUGUAAAUGAUGCACCUGGCUUCAACAUCCAAGUAUCAAAGUGCAUUUACUGGUGGAGUUCUACAGUCUGUGAAACUUGUUGGACUGAGAAGCUUUUAUGUACAAAUUUCAUAAAAGCUGCAUCAGAACACAACUCAUCCUACCAUGUGUAACUUCAGACAAAGUGGAAUAACCUGCUACAGUGUUCUGUGUUGAUUUGGUUAGCUGUGUAUAGCUUGCAAUACUUGUAUAUUUUGGAUUCUGUUGUUUGAAAUUUUUUUUAAAUCACUGUGCAACUCACUGGCAUCAGUGGUAGCUUUUAUAUGCAAAUGACCAUUUCAGAUGUAUGGUGUGUUUUUACACUGCAAAACAGUCCCCAUGUGGAUAUUUCUUACACUAAUUGUACCAUAAAGCUGUUUAUUCUUUCUUGUAAGAAUCCUUUACUAUAAAUAUUGUUAAAGUGUAAUGUAUUAGACAGUUAAAUAUUUUUAAAAUAAAUGUUUCCCUUGUUCUAAGAUGGAGCAUUUACUUUGAUAAAUAAAUUUGAUAAAACCCUGCCAAAGGUGCAUGUUAGA